ACCUUGUGAGGUGUUUAGAAUGAUUAUAUAACCCUCAUCACUCAGGUUGACUUUGGAAGCACGUUGCUGGUGAAACAUGGCAGGAUAUCACAAUAAUUCAACCUAUGAAGCAGAGGAACAUGAUAGCGUCAGUCAAAACGGCAAGAACAGCAAACAAACUCAAAGUACCUGUAUUCCGAAAUGGCAACAGGUGACAUUGUCAUGGCAUAACAUCACAGUAACUACAUCAAAAAGUACUAUAUGCAGAACGAGAAAAGUAGCUUGCAGCAAAACUAUUCUUAAAAAUGUUAGUGGUAAUGUGAGGCCAGGACGAUUGGUAGCAAUUAUGGGAGCAAGCGGUGCUGGAAAAACGUCCCUAAUUAAUGUCCUAACUUUCCGCAACAUUCGAUCUCUUGUCGUUUCUGGAGAUAUAAAAAUUAAUGAUAGAGUUGUGAACAGAGAUCAAAUGAACGACGUAUCCGCCUACCUACAACAGGAAGAUCUUUUCCUAGGAACAAUGACUGUUAGAGAACACCUUCUAUUUAAGGCGUCAUUGCAAAUGAACAUGGAUAGCAGGACAAGAGAAAGAAAAGUCGAUCAAGUCAUGACGGAGCUCGGGCUGUCCAAGUGUGCCGACUCUGUCAUUGAUCGACCGUACUCAAAUCAAAGAAUUUCAGGAGGGGAAAGAAAACGUCUCUCAUUUGCCUCUGAGCUCCUGAUGAAUCCCCCUCUGAUGUUUUGUGAUGAGCCUACUUCCGGUCUAGAUUCCUUCAUGGCAUCAAGCGUCAUCCAGUGCUUGAAAAUGCUGGUGCAUAAAGGUCACACCGUUCUUUGUACAAUUCACCAACCGUCGUCAGAAGUGUUUUCCCUCUUUGACGAAAUAUAUCUUCUGGCUGAGGGAAAUUGUGUAUUCACCGGCUAUACGAUGUAUGCAUUAGACUUUUUCAAAAGCCAAGGUUAUCCAUGUCCAAUCAAUUACAAUCCUGCAGAUCACUUCAUUCUAACACUGGCAAUGGUUCCUGGACAAGAACAGGCAUGUCGCAAAAAAAUCAAGAGAUUGUGUUGGGAGUUUGAAAAUAAACAGAUGAAAGAAGAGUAUGAGAAUGGCUCUAAUACUUCUUCACAUUUAAAUCAACAAGAAUUGCUUCCGAGAUACCAAGCGCCUUGUCUUAAACAGUUUCGCUAUCUUUUAUGGAGAAGUUGGAUCACAAACCUUCGCAAUCCUAACCUUUUUAUAAUCAAACUUAUUCAAGCAGUGUUGUUUGCUGUUAUCCUUGGAUUGUUCUACUUAAAGACAGACAACCAUUACACACAGGAUGACGUCAUGAAUAUUAACGGCUGUAUAUUCUUUGCUAUAGUAUCGUUAAGUCUAGAUAGCAUCUUUCCCAUUCUAAACGUUUUCCCUAGCGAAGUCCCUAUUUUUGUGAGAGAGUAUGGAAGUAAAUUAUACAGAGUAGAUAUAUAUUAUCUUUCCAAAAUCAUUGUUGAGAUUCCUAUUCAUGUCAUCAACCCGGCUAUUUUCAUGAGCAUAUUGUACUGGAUGAGUGGUUUGGUGUAUGACAAUGUAGAAUUUUGGACAGCAAUUGGUAUAGCGGUUCUGGUUGCCAAUGCUGCAGCAGGAUUUGGUUACGUCAUUUCUGCGGGAGCACCUUCCAUAACAGCAGCUCUUGCUUUGGCGCCAUUGUUACUAAUGCCGCUCAUGAUGAAUGGAGGAUUCUUUUUAAAUAACAGUUGUUUAUUUCCGUGUGAAGAUUACAAACAUUAACAGCUGUAUCGCGUAUAUUUUAAACCAAGUGACAAUAAUGGAGGGUGCAACGGCAAUUCAGCAUGUCUUUCAAAUGGAAAUCUAGUCAUAGAAAGCUUAGGUUAUAGCAAGAUUCACAUCUACAUUACCUCAUUCUCCUGUGUCAACCUCUGUGUAGCUCUACUCAAGAACCUGGUGAUCCUUCCAUUCACCUUCCUCCAAAACCAUCUCAUCUUCUGCAAAGAGAUUCAUCACAUUGUUGUCACUAACAUGAUUCAAAGUCGGCGACGAACAGGGAGGGGGGUAAAAUCGGAUCAAACUGAUCAUGGACACCCUCUGAAGAAGAAAAAUGCUGUCCAGUGCACGGUCAUGCUGCUGGAUGGCACUGAUUUCUCCACAGAACUUCACAAAAAGGCAGAGGGACACGAACUUUACGAGCAGGUGUUUUACCACCUUGACCUAGUGGAGAAGGACUAUUUUGGACUACAGUACACAGAUCAUUACAAUGUACCGCAUUGGCUUGACCCAACCAAAAAGAUUAGGAAACAGCUUAAAAUUGGGCCUCCCUACUCAUUUCGAUUUCGGGUGAAGUUCUACUCCUCAGAACCAAACAACCUACACGAAGAGCUGACCAGGUACCAGUUUUUCCUUCAAGUAAAGCAGGACAUUUUCAGUGGACGGUUAGAAUGUCCACAAGAUGUACUGGUAGACUUAGCAGCAGAGGCCCUACAAUCGGAGCUUGGAGACUAUGACCCAGAAGUACACACCCCCGGAUUCAUCUCGGAAUUUCGUUUUAUCCCGGAACAAACGGAGGAGUUGGAACUAGCCAUAUUUGAAGCCUUUAAAACCAAAACUAAGGAGACCCCAGCUCAAGCAGAGCUGAACUUCUUGAUGAAAGUCAAGUUCCUGGAAAUGUAUGGUGUGGACAUGCACAUUGUCAUGGGGCGGGAUCAACAGGAGUACAGACUGGGAUUGACUCCCACUGGGAUUCUAGUGUUUGAGGGAGAACAGAAGAUUGGCUUGUUUUUCUGGCCUAAGAUGACAAAGCUGGACUUCCACGGUAAGAAGCUGAAGCUGGUGGUUGUUGAGGACGACGACCACGGACAGGAGCAGGAACACACGUUCGUGUUCCGUCUCCAAAGCGAGAAGGCCGCCAAGCAUCUGUGGAAGUGUGCCAUAGAGCACCAUGCCUUCUUCAGACUGAAGGGGCCGGUGAAGGGGCCCAACGCCAGACAAAACUUCUUCAGGAUGGGAUCUCGCUUCAGAUACAGUGGGAGGACUGAGUACCAGACUUCCUCCGUGAGCCGUGCUCGUCGCAGUGUUCGCUUUGAGAGACGCGGCAGUCAGAGGUACUCACGGCGACCUACUUUCGAGAAGCGAGAGAGGGAGGAAGCCAUGAGACGGGAGACAGAACGACGGAAAAGGCGAGAGGAGGAAAAAGAAAGACAGAGGGUUCAGGUGGAAGCAAGCAAAGCUCAACCCAAGUCUCCUACCACACCUGAGGCCACGCCUAUAACUCCUCCCCCCAGAUCUCCCAGGGUCAGUGGUGCAGGAUCUCCCUCCGCCUCAGGAGGUGCAUCAGCCAUGGAUCGUAUAGACGCCCUCAUCAAGACAGAUAGUGAAAAGAAAGUGGAGCCACCUACAUCACCUAAAGCUGGAGGAUCUACCAAAGCCUGGGCACCACUACCUCCCCCUCCCCCGGAGCCUGAAGUCAGCCUGAGAGAGGCCUCAGAGAUUGCCCAGGCUAAGCUGAAGGGUCUGGAUGAGUCAGCGGCCAAACACAACACAGUGCCACCGCGCCCCAAACCAGACAUCAACAGCUUCAAGAAUAACCAGGUGAAGUUCGCAGGUGGCGCCACCACGAUCCCUCCUGACCAGAUGAAGUGCAACAUCUUCAAGGCCAAGAUCGAGGAGGAACUAAAGAAAGCUCCUGUUGUGGUGAAUGAUGUCAACAUCAGAGAUGAGAGCUUUCAUGAGAGUGAUAGUCGAAGCACAGACACCGGCAGCGAUGCGGAGAACUCGGGCGAAGAACAGGAGAAGGACCCAAUCAAAGAGGAGAAGGCUCAGCUCACGGUCGACCUACCCCCUGUUGAUAUUGUCGAUGCCCCCCACAGUCCAAGAAGAAGAGGACAUUUCUCCAAAUCCAGUUCUUCAUCAAGUCAUAAAGGAUCUGAACAAACUGCACCUCCCAGCCAGCUGGACAAUGAGGUCUUCGAUUCAGGCACCGCCCCGCCCAGGUUAAAAUCCCCCUCCCUGAGCUCUGAAGGGUCAAGCUGUGCCUCACCAGUAGAGAAUGAGCAAACCUCGCCCAUAUCACAGCCAACAGAGGACUUGUCUCAUCCCCAGUCACUGCCCAAAUCACCCCCUGCCACUGCUUCUAAAAUCCCUCGCUUCAACACCGCUGCACCUGCCAGUCGCAUUCCUCCGCCUAAGGUCAUCCCUCGAAUGACUCCCAAUGCAGACUCCAUUCCUGACGCAGAUGAUGAGGUGACAGAGAAAAGUAACGAUGAAGUGCAGGAGAAUUUCUCCAAUACUGGCACUGCAGAAAGACCCAAGCCCGCACCCAGGCCGAAAUCUAAGAUCCCCAACCCCUUUCACUCUACUCGAGAUGAAACCAAGGUAGCUCGCUCUACCAAUCCAUUCCUAAGAUCACCAGAUGGGGAAACUGGCUCAUUGAACAGUCAUUCAUUUGGGAAGCAAAAAGCAACAGAACCUGAAAUACAUUCCAGAACUGCUUCCCCACCCCCACUUCCGAAUAAGGUGGACAAUGUAGAAAAAGAAGCAGUUGAUAAGAACUCCAAAAAUCAGGACCCCCAUAGCAAAUUGUCCAACACUGAAGUAGCAAAACCCUCCAGCAUUCCUCGCCCAGGCAGCAGUAUCCCUACCCCCUCCAGUAGAAAACCCACUACCCAAUCUGCCUCUGUCCUCCAGGGGGGUGGAUCCAGCAUUCCCUCCCCCACCUCCUCGGCUCUCCCUGUCCUUAAGUCCACCUCAGCCCUGCCAGUGUCCAGUGGAGCCACCACGGGGUCAGGCAUCCCACUGCCCUCCAAAAAGGACCACCACCAGCACCACCAUGCUACCACUUCCUCUGUUGAUACCAAUACAGGUGGCUCAAAAGGAUCCAAAACGAAAUCAUCUUCAACUAGUCUACCCAUUCCCAAGGUCAACAGUAGGGGUACCCCCAGGAAUAAGUCGGACUCCUCCCACAGCAGGUCUGCAUUGAACGGAAGUGACGAACUCUCACCGUGGAUCGUGACUGCCCCCGAGAAACCUCCCAAAGUGGAAAAGAAGAUCAGUAUAAUCACAGAUAUAUAGGGAGCAGUGGAUUUUAUCGUUCCACUGUUGUUAUUUUUUUUUUUUGUAUAAAAAUGUGAUUUAAAGACUGGACUCGAUCAGAAAUGGGAUUUAAUAACCAGAUAUUCCAGUGCAGAUUUGUCUCUGUACUUAAAAAUGAUUGUAAUUUUUUUUCUCUUUUUUUACGAAAAAACAAGAUAUUUUUAUAUUUUGCAUGAACAAAUAUUAAUUCUGGUUCAGUGUAUAUGUCUUUUGUAAACAUUUAAUCUUGGAAGAAAUAUUUUUAAAAAAUGCUAUGAGCAUAUUCCAAUUUUGCACCUUAAUCAUGUUUUAAUAUUUAUAAUCUCCAUAGGUUUUUGUUUUAGGAGGUUGGAAAUCUUGUACUAUACAUUUGUACAUUAACACCAUGCUAUUAGUUUGACUCACACAGGGCAUUUUGAAGAUCAUCUUAUGGUAUUUCAGGCCUUUUAGCAUUCCAUUUUUGAAUUCAUUUUUGUAAAGCUUUAGUUAGCUAUUGUAGCAAUUCAUUAUUAAUGUUUCAACCCCAUUUUGUCUGGCUUUACAGUUUUUCCAUCAUUAUUUCAUAUCUACUGUGAAAUGAACUAACAUCUGACUAGAUGUUGGCAUAUCAGAAAUAUGCUGCAGGAACAGGCAAUUGCUUUCAAUUCAAUUUCAGUCCAUGAUGGACAUGUCAGAUCCAACAAAUGAGUAAAAAUAAAUGUUUGAUUUGUUUUAACAGCAAAAUGUGUUUUGUUUACUGUGCUUGGUUUUAAUUGUUGUUUAAGCUAGAGGCUUAUCAAAGACUUGAUGUAUAAGUGGUUAGAAGUGCUUUUUGUGAUAUUAUAUGUAUUGUGUAUGUAUCCAAGCCACUUUGUUUAAAUUUGAUGUUAGUAUGGGUUUUAAAUUAAUUUUGUUUUAAAGCACAUUGGUAUUGUUAUGAAAAAACUCUUGUGCAUGAAAACACUAACUACUCCAUUUUAUACCAUUCACUGCUUGACUUAUUUUUAAGCAAAUUUAAUCAAUAAUUUUAACAUCUUUUUUUUUUAAGUUUUAAUAAUGGCUGUUCAAAACGGUUGUUUUUAGGGAAUUUUAUUAUUAUUGUUAUAUUUAUUGAUUUAAGUAAUUUCUUGUACUGAAUCCCAAAAUGUGAUUUAGGUUGUGUUAAUUAGGUUGUUGACAUUUUUAGUCCAAAUGAAUAAUUUUAACUAGUAAAAUAUACUUUUCUUAACCGGUUGUCACAUUUUCAGAUGCUUAAUGAAAUUGUAUGAAUUUUUCCAAUUUAUUCUGUAAUAUUUUUUUUUUAUUUUAAUGUACACAAUGUAUGAAAUUAUUAAAGGUUUAUACAGAAUAUUUUCAGGACAUCCUAAGAAAAUUGCAUGUGGGAUUUUUACACUAGUAAAAAUUACAUAUACCAGUUUUGAUUAACAUUAGGUCUUUCAAUAUUUGGGGGGAGGAGGGUUCUAAAACCUUAUUUCUCGCAGCAACUCGAUUGUAAACCAUUCCAAUGUUUCCAAAAAAGGCAUUCCAAGUUCCCAUCCCUUUUUAUUGUUAUGUAAUUCUGUGAUGUAAAUUGCACCAUUUUUAUCAUUUGAGGAUUUUGGAGAAGGAAGAAGCAUUGCCAUACAUUUAUUAAGUGUUGAAGUCUAGUCACCAGGCAUGUUUAGUCUACUAUUAAUCGGAACAAAGAUAAUCAGAGACUCUAGAACAAACUGUCAAAUCACAAUAUGAUUGUCGCACCUGGAUCUGAAGUUUGGAAAAACAUGGUAGGAGGUGGUUUGUUAGGUCUAGGUCUUUGUGGUGGAUAAAUAUCAUCUAUAGGAUUCAGAAUUCUUACUAACAGUAUGAUAUGUAUAUCCGUGUAAGAGUUUGUUUUAUCCUCAUGAUAAUAAUCUUUAAAAAGAAUGUUUAAAAACAGCUGUUGACUCCUUGAUAAUAUUAUUUAGUUGACAGAAAUCAACACAGAAUAACCGAAUAUUUUUUAAUUGUGGGCUUUGUUUGCAGAUCGUUUGGUACCAAUAUUCCACUGCUAGUAUAUGUAUGCAUCUCAGUUCUUUUAAAUGUUAUAUUAGAAAAAAUAUUGGUCAUAUUUUAAAAACAUUCCUGAAUUUCUGAAUGUAGCCUUUUUACUCAGUUCAGCUAAACUCAUUACAGCCCAAAUCUUAUAUUGGCCUUUAAUUUUGACGUUUUAAAAGUUUUGUUUGUAGACGUUGUGAUGCUUUGUUUUUAUAUUCAGAAGACGUGUGCAAUAUAUGUACAGGUAGAAGUGAUAUGUGUUAGCUGCUAUCUCAUAAUUUUUUUUAUUUUCGAAACCAAUAGCAUCAAACUCUGUUACAAUAUGAAGACCUAAAUUGACUUUUCAUUAUGUUUCAUCUUGCACGUAUAUUGAUACAUUUAAACCAGCCAUUUUUCAUAUGAUCUUGCAAGAUCUCCAGCUCUUAUGGAUAUACUAGGAAGAAAAAUGAAUGUUUUACAGAUUUUAUUUGAGAUCAUAGAAGAAAUAAAGACUUUGAUCUGUUUUCAUUGCCUCUAUCACUACAGUGUCUCUUCGUAUCUUUUCAGUUAAUAUUUAACACAAAUGGAUUAUACAGUGAAACCAUUCUUAAAAAAGAUAUAUGGGAAUAUUUUCGUUGCCAGUUCUUCAUAAUUAUUUAGUUUUUUUUUUAAUCAUAUCUUUGCGCUUUUAAGUGAAAUUUUUUAACAAUUUGUGUGGAAUAUAUCUAUUUAAGACAGGUUUCACUAGUGUCUUUAUUCCAGGGGAUAAGUUAACCAUUAAAUUGCUUAGAAACUGUAGAUCAAUAUGCAUGUAUACACAUACUUACUGAGUUGUGUGUUAAUUGACCAAGCCUGCCCCAUUCCUGUACAGUAUCCUCUCUAUAACUGUGUACAGACAAUAUAAGAACUGUAGACCUUUUUGUUAAUCUGUGGUCUUAAGUUUCAUUGUAUUUGUUUUCUGAUCAGUGUCAAUGAUUUGUUUAUAUUAUGUUAUAAAAUAUACGUCACAAUA